AUGUUGGUUAUUGGUCGGCUGUUGCUAUUGAUUAUUGAUUGUUGGUUGUUGAUUGUUGAUGGCUAUGGUCGAUGUUCAAUCUUGCACAGAAUUACUUUACAUGUUUAUGUGAUUUUACUCACUCUACUCUCUCUGGAUUGUCCCAAGGCAACCUUCGGUUUAAAACGUUACCCAGUCUUUAUGAAUUGUCAUAGGUUAAAUAUGCAUGUCCCUAUGGUGACCAUAAGGUCUAUACCAUUGGAAUUAAAACUAAAUCUCUCUAUGUUCCCCUUGGAUUAUCCCAACAAUCUCUUUGUGUCCCAUUUGGGCACAAUCUAUUCUAAACAACCCCUUUGGUAUCAAAAUCCUCCGUUCAAUCCUCCAUUUUCUCAAAAUACUCCAAAUUCUUUUUACUAUAUUCCUGAAAAUAUCCCAAAUUCAUCUUAUUAUGUUCCUCAAAAUACGGGUGAAAGUUUAGACGAAAAUGAGAUGGAGUAUGAUGAUGAUGAAGAUGAUGAUGAUGAAAAUGAAGGAAAUGAUCAAGAUGAUCAAUAUGGUGAAGAUGAAGGAAAUUCUGUUCAUCAUGUUGAUGCUAGUCUUUACACUCAACCAUCAUUUCAAGAUCUAGUUUCACAAUUUGGUUCACCACCGAGCUUCACUCAAUUGGUUCAACCAUCUCAACAGCUACCUAAUAAUAAUGAUGAAGCCCCUAUACCUUCAAAGAAAAGUUGGGAUUUGAUUGAAGAUAUUGCUCUCAUAUGUUCAGUCAUGAACACAAGUACAGAUCCAAUUGUGAGCACCAACCAAAAGAUAAGAGUGAGGUGGCAGAAAGUUAAGGAAGCUUAUGAAGCAGCGAGGAUGGAACGACCCCAUCUGAUCCCACGAAGAACCGCAGACAUGCUUAAAUGUCGUUGGAAGAUGGAAGCAAGUGGUAAAACUAAUCAAAAAAAACAAUUGGAUCAACAACCAACUGGUGAUGUUAGUAGUAAAAGUAGUGGGAAAAGAUCAAGGACGGAAGAAGAUUCUGAAACUCCAACAAGUGAACCUCAAGGAGGACCAUCCAGUCGCCCUGAGGGUGUGAAGAAGGCUAAGGCUCGCAUGACUGGGAAGAUGGUUGCAGAUCAAUCAAUUCAAGCUUUGAGUGCAUUUGGAGAGAAACAAAAAAAAAAAUGUCGAAUUCAAAGAGACCAUUCAAAAGGUCAUUCCCAACUAUUUAAUGAUUAUUUUGUUGAAAAUCCUACAUAUUCUUCUAGAUUGUUUCGACGUAGGUUUAGGAUGAGGAAACAUGUAUUUUUACGGAUAAUGGAAGCUGUCUCCAACAACGAUCCAUGGUUCACUACCAACAUUGAUGCAACUUGUAGAAAAGGUUUAAGUGCUUUACAAAAGUGUACUGCAGCUCUUCGUAUGCUAGCAUACGGGGUGGCUGCUAAUCAAGUUGAUGAGUACCUCCAAAUUAGCGAAAGCACAGCACGAGAAGCACUCACUCAUAUCACAAAGGGAAUAAUCAACCAAUUUGGGCAACAUUAUUUGAGAAAACCAACACCACAAGAUUUGACGAGAUUAUUAGCCUUUAGUGAAGAACGAGGAUUCCCUGGCAUGAUUGGUAGUGUUGAUUGCAUGCAUUGGGAGUGGAAGAAUUGCCCAGCAGCAUGGAAAGGGCAAUAUCAAGGCCGAGCUGGUGUUGCAACAUUAAUUCUUGAAGCUGUCGCCAAUCAUGACCUAUGGAUAUGGCAUGCCUUUUUUUGGAUGCCAGGUUCAUAUAAUGAUCUCAACGUGCUAUAUCGAUCACCUCUUUUAGUUAAUUUGUUUGAAGGAAGGGCACCACCUGUCAAUUUCACGGUGAAUGGAAAUCAAUAUGGCAUGGCUUACUAUCUCACUGAUGGCAUUUAUCCUAAAUGGGCUACUUUUAUUCAGUCUAUUACUGAACCGCAAACAGCAAAAACAAGGUUAUUUGCCCAACAUCAAGAAGCAGCAAGAAAGGAUGUGGAGCGAGCAUUUGGGGUGUUGAAAGCUCGAUUUGCAAUAAUUAGAAAACCCUCACUUGCUUGGGAUGAAGAACGACUCUCUGAUAUAAUUACUUCUUGUAUAAUUAUGCAUAAUAUGAUAGUGGAAGAUGAAAGAGAUACAUAUACACACUAUGCUGAUGGUAGAGAGUUCAUGAGAGAUCGCCCAAAAGGUCAAUCAGAAGGUACAAGUGGAUUAAAUGAUGACUUUGAGUAUUACACAGAUAGAAUUGUUGAUAUCAAUCGAUACUUGACAAAUAAGGAUGAUGUUGAAGAUCGACAAACACAUUUAUCCUUAAAAGAUGACUUGGUUGAAAAUAUCUGA